GGGAAGGAGGGGGGCCGGCGGAUUGCCGACUAGUGGAGGUCGUCGGGACCUGGGAGAGGAGUGACUAGGUCAGGGUCAACUGGUCAGUAGGUGUCAAUGGAUGGACCACGGACACUGCUAAGCCGUGCUUCUCCCGCUUCGUAAGGUAGAAGACCCCCAAACACAUGGGGUUGCAGGCCGCUUCUCCUACAGCGCCCUCAAACAUAUGAGGGGACGGGCUGCUUCCCGUGCCUCGGAGAGUGGCACCCCAGUGUCUGUGGGGGGCGGGGCCGGGAGCGGCACUCCGAGGGGCUGCGGGAGUCCUCAGGGCAAUACGGUCCUUCUGCGGGAGUACGCUGGUUAUUACGGGUCGGGCUCGGAGGUCGCCGGCUCUGCGCCGCCUCCUCGGCUCAGCUGGGAGCCGGGUCGGAGGUUCGAGUCCUGCCUCCGCGCUCUUGCCUCAGCCGGCUCCCCUUCCCCUCCUCCCCUCUGAGGCCCGGUCAUGGCUGGGGGCUCGGCAGGUGAGUCCCCGCACGGGCUGCUGGGCCGGGUGCGCUUCCUGCAGGAGGCGGCCCGCUGCCUCCGCACCGCUCGUCCGUUGCCUCGGCCGCUGGCCUUCGUGCCCCGGGAGGUCCGCUACAAGCUGUGCAAAGACCCCGUGGGCCCCGGGCCUCCGCGCUGCGUGCUGCCCGUCUGGGCGGCGCCAGGGUCCACCGCCAGGCGUGCUGGGCGCGACAGUCCGGGCAGCAUCGAGGUGCCUCGCGGGGGUUGCGUGCGGGCUACGGGCGAGGAGCUGUGCAACAGCCACGGGCUCUGGAUCAAGCUCACCAAGGAGCAGCUGGCCGAGCAUGGAUGCAGCUGUGACCUCCCUGAAGGCUGGCUCCUGGCCUGCAAAAAUGCCGAAGGUGGCGACCGCCUGGUACCCGUGGCCUCCCCCGACUGCCUGCAGAGGCAGCAGCAGCUCUUCGGGGUGGACUACAGGCCCGUGGCCAGGUGGGAGCAGGUGGUGGACCUGAUGUACUCCUUGCGCCUGGGCACGCGGCCCCAGCCCGCGGAGGAGGACGCCGAGGCCGUGCAGAGGCUGCUGUACGUGCCGCCCACGUGGACGUACGAGUGCGACGAGGACCUGGUGCACUUCUUGUAUGACCACGUGGGCAAGGAGGACGAGAAUCUGGGCAGCGUGAAGCAGUACGUGGAGAGCAUCGACGUGUCUUCCUUCACGGAGGAUUUCAAUGUGUCGUGCCUGACAGACAGCAACGCAGACACCUACUGGGAGAGCGAUGGGUCGCAGUGCCAGCACUGGGUCCGCCUUACCAUGAAGAAGGGCACCAUCAUCAAGAAGCUGCUGCUCACCGUGGACACGACGGACGAUAACUUCAUGCCCAAGCGUGUGGUGGUGUACGGGGGCGAAGGGGACAACCUGAAGAAGCUGAGCGACGUGGCCAUUGACGAGACGCUGAUCGGGGACGUCUGCGUCCUGGAGGACAUGACCGCCCACCUCCCCAUCGUGGAGAUCCGCAUCGUGGAGUGCCGAGAUGAUGGCAUUGAUGUCCGCCUUCGAGGAGUCAAGAUCAAGUCCUCCCGGCAGCGCGACCUGGGGCUGAGCGCCGACAUGUUCCAGCCCGCCAGCCUAGUGCGCUACCCGCGUCUGGAGGGCACAGCGCCCGAGGUCCUGUACCGCCGGGCUGUGCUUCUGCAGAGGUUUAUCAAGGUCCUCGACAGCGUCCUGCAUCACCUCGUGCCCGCCUGGGACUACAGUCUGGGCACCUUCGGUGACAUCAAGCAAGUCAAGCAGUUCCUGCUGCUGUCUCGCCGGCGCCCGGCCCUCGUGUCCCAGUGUCUGCGCGACUCCGAGACCGGCAAGCCCAGCAUCAUGCCCCGUCUGUACAUCAACCGCCGGCUGGCCAUGGAGCACCGCGACUGCCCGGCCCGAGACACCAGCUGCAAGAACGCCGUCUUCACCCAGGUGUAUGAGGGCCUCAAACCGUCGGACAAGUACGAGAAGCCGCUGGACUACAGGUGGCCCCUGCGCUACGACCAGUGGUGGGAGUGCAAGUUCAUCGCCGAAGGCAUCAUUGACCAAGGGGGAGGUUUCCGGGACAGCCUGGCCGACAUGUCGGAGGAGCUGUGUCCCAGUUCGGCCGACACUCCCGUCCCCUUGCCCUUCUUCGUCCGCACGGCCAACCAGGGCAACGGUACCGGCGAGGCCCGGGACAUGUAUGUCCCCAACCCUUCCUGCCGGGAGUUCGCCAAGUACGAGUGGAUUGGGCAGCUGAUGGGCGCCGCCCUGCGGGGCAAGGAGUUCUUGGUGCUGGCUCUGCCCGGCUUCGUGUGGAAGCAGCUGUCCGGGGAGGAGGUGAGCUGGAGCAAAGACUUCUCGGCUGUGGACUCCGUGCUGGUGAAGCUCCUGGAGGUGAUGGAGGUGAUGGACAAGGAGACCUUUGAAUUCAAGUUCGGCCAGGAGCUGACCUACACCACGGUGCUCAGCGACCAGCGCAUGGUGGAGCUUGUGCCCGGCGGGGCGGCCACGGCCGUGUGUUACGAGGACCGCGGACGCUUCAUCCGGCUGGUGCAGCAGGCCAGGCUGGAGGAGAGCAAGGAGCAGGUGGCUGCCAUGCAGGCGGGGCUCCUGAAGGUGGUGCCCCAAGCGGUGUUAGACCUGCUGACCUGGCAGGAGUUGGAGAAGAAGGUGUGUGGGGACCCCGAAGUCACAGUGGACGCCCUCCGUAAGCUGACCCGGUUUGAGGACUUUGAGCCGUCGGACACCCGCGUGCAGUAUUUCUGGGAGGCCCUCAACAACUUCACAAAUGAGGACCGGAGCCGCUUUCUCCGCUUUGUCACCGGCCGGAGUCGCCUGCCCGCCCGCAUCUACAUCUACCCAGACAAGCUGGGCUCAGAAACAACUGAUGCCCUGCCAGAGUCUUCCACCUGUUCGAGCACCCUCUUCCUGCCCCAUUAUGUCAGUGCCAAGGUGUGUGAGGAGAAGUUGAGGUAUGCCGCCUACAACUGUGUAGCCAUCGACACAGACAUGAGCCCCUGGGAAGAGUGAGCCCCCGGCCCAGCAGCGCUCCUGGGGACCACAGGCAGGUCAGCACUGGGCCUGGAUGUCAGAGUGCCUCAGGACAGCAGUGAGUGCCUUCUCUACUGUGCCUCUGCGGGGGGCCAGUGCCCUCCGCAUCCUUCUGAGGUCGGGCUGCCUCAGAGAGGGGAUGGAAGGCAGCCCCUACCCUAAAUAAACCACUUCGCCCCUC